GAAAAAAAUUAAAGAAAGAAAAAAAAAAAAGAAAGAUGAGGGGAGAGAGAGGAGUUUAUUCUGAGAAGGUGAAGCUUCUCGUUGGUGUUCUUACACUUCAGUUCUGCUUUGCAGGAUUCCAUAUUGUAUCAAGAGCUGCUCUUAAUAUGGGUGUCAGUAAAAUUGUGUUCCCUGUUUAUAGAAACAUCAUAGCACUGGUUUUGUUGGCACCUUUUGCUUAUUUUCUAGAGAAGAAAGAUAGGCCACCUCUCACUUUCUCUUUGACGGUUGAACUGUUCUUCUUUGCAUUAGUUGGGAUAACUGCAAACCAAGGAUUCUAUCUUUUAGGAUUGUACUAUUUAUCACCAACUUAUGCAUCUGCAAUACAAAACUCGGUUCCUGCUAUCACCUUUGCCAUGGCUGCAGCUUUAAGGCUGGAACAAGUGAAUAUUAAUAAGAAGCAUGGAGUUGCAAAGCUAGUUGGAACAAUAAUAAGCAUAGGAGGUGCUACUAUUAUCACUCUAUACAAAGGCCCUCCUAUCCUUCACCAACAGCACUACAUCACCUUAGGAGCCAUCUUUUCUUCAAGCCAGAUACUAAACUGGACUUUGGGAUGUGUUUACAUUCUUGGCAAUUGCAUUGCCUGGUCUGCUUGGAUGGUCCUUCAGGUUCCACUGUUGAAAAAGUAUCCUGCCAGGCUCUCAAUCACAACAAUCACUUGCUUUUUUGGAGUCAUUCAGUUCUUAGUCAUUGCAGCUUUUGCAGAACCAGACAUCAAUAAGUGGAAAGUUCAUUCAGGAGGAGAACUCUUCACCAUUCUCUAUGCUGGACUUGUGGCAUCUGGGAUCUCAUUUUCUCUUCAGAUUUGGUGCAUUGACAGAGGAGGACCCCUCUUUGUUGCUGUCUUCCAACCUGUACAAACAGUAGCAGUGGCUAUAAUGGCAUCCUUAAUACUUGGUGAUCAACUAUACUCUGGAGGGAUUAUUGGUUCAGUCCUUAUUAUCAUUGGUCUUUACUCUGUGCUCUGGGGAAAGAGUGAAGAGAAGAAGCCUGGAAGCCAUGAAGGAGUGAAGGAUAUAACAAAACAACUCCUUGAUGAAGAGAAUAAUCAACACAGAGGCAAUGCUGACAUCCCAUGUUAGAAGCUUUAAGCAUUACUGUCUUAAUGUUCUCAACUUGUUAAUAUUUUGCUGAGGAACUCCUUAAGAAAUGUAUGGUUUGCAGAUAUAUAUAUAUAAAUAUAUAAGUUUUUUA